AUGCAGGCGGAGGGGGCGCGCUCCAUCCCGCUCUCCGGACAUGUGGGCUUUGACAGCAUGCCUGACCAGCUGGUCAACAAGUCCGUCAGCCACGGUUUCUGCUUCAACAUCCUCUGCGUGGGUGAGACGGGCGUGGGGAAGUCCACCCUCAUGGACACGCUCUUCAACACCAAGUUUGAGGGCGAGCCCACACAACACAACCAGCCUGGUGUGCAGCUGCGCUCCCGCUCUUACGAGCUCCAGGAGAGCAACGUGCGGCUCAAGCUGACCGUGGUUGACACCGUGGGCUUUGGGGACCAGAUCAACAAGGAGGACAGUUACAAGCCCAUCGUGGAGUUUAUUGACGCCCAGUUUGAGGCGUACCUCCAGGAGGAGUUGAAGAUCAAGCGAACGCUGCACAGCUACCACGACACACGCAUCCAUGCCUGCCUCUACUUCAUCUCCCCCACCGGCCACUCGCUGAAAUCCCUGGACCUGGUCACUAUGAAGAAGCUGGACAGCAAGGUCAACAUCAUCCCCAUCGUCGCCAAGUCGGACGCCAUCUCCAAGAGCGAACUCGCCAAGUUCAAGAUCAAGAUCACGAGCGAGUUGGUCAGCAACGGCGUGCAGAUUUACCAGUUCCCCACGGAUGACGAGACGGUGGCCGAGAUCAACUCCACCAUGAACGGCCAUCUGCCGUUCGCCGUGGUGGGAAGCACAGAGGAGGUGAAGAUCGGGAACAAGAUGGCGAAAGCACGCCAGUACCCCUGGGGCACAGUACAGGUGGAGAACGAGAACCACUGCGACUUCGUGAAGCUGCGCGAGAUGCUGAUCCGCGUGAACAUGGAGGACCUGCGCGAGCAGACGCACACGCGCCACUACGAGCUGUACCGCCGCUGCAAGCUGGAGGAGAUGGGCUUCAAGGACACGGACCCUGAUAGCAAGCCCUUCAGUCUACAGGAGACCUAUGAGGCCAAGCGGAACGAGUUCCUGGGCGAGCUGCAGAGGAAGGAGGAGGAGAUGAGGCAGAUGUUCGUCCUCAGAGUCAAAGAGAAGGAGUCUGAGCUAAAGGAGGCGGAGAAGGAGCUGCAUGAGAAGUUUGACCGACUGAAGAAGCUUCACCAGGACGAGAAGAAGAAGCUGGAGGACAAGAAGAAGGUGCUGGACGACGACGUGAACGCCUUCAAGCAGAGGAAGACGGCGACAGAGUUGCUGCAGUCCCAGGGCCAGCAGGCAGGGGGCAUCACCACACUGAAGAGGGACAAGGACAGGAAAAACUUCUUUUAAUGUGUUUGGCCGCCUGUCUGAAGAGAUGAUUGCAGCUUCCACACAGUCUAGGCAGCUAUGCAACUGUGCCCACUUUCUGUCUCUCUCUCGCUCGCUCCACCAGAAUGUCCAGUUUAAUUUUUACAUCUGUCCAUCUGUCCUGCUCAGCGUGACCAUAUGUGCGCCGCAUUUGGGUUUCUCAGCCUGGAAGCAGAAGCUCUGCUUUAUGGAUUAGGGCAGGGCUCCCGGGUGCAGUCGUGCGGAAGACUUAUUUGAGGUCUACAUUGACAUUAAAAAAGAGAAAAAUCUCAGCUAUCAGAAUAAUUUGGGGGAAAAAAAAAAGAACCUCUGUGCGAAAUGCAAUGAAAUGUAUGUUUGCUCAGAUCUCUCGGUCUGCUCAGGUCUUACAAAAAUUAAUUUCUUAACUUUAACCUCUGUGACAAUGACCAUUAAGCUUUACAGUUAUUUUCACUGUACAGCUUCUGCAAAGGAUAUUACAGUUAAUUCAGAUUUUAGUUUGGGAUCCAUCUGAAUUUUUUACUAAUUACAUAAAAGUGAGAAAUAAUUUUGUUCUAAAGCAACUUGUUCUAGAGCUAAUUUUAAAUGGUUUUUUUCCCCCCAGUUACUAUUUUUGUGAUAGGGAGGCAUUUUCCCAUUUGAACCCAGUUAAAAUCUCAUGGCAGGACACUGCUCCUAUUUUUAUUUCAUAGUUUUCCUCUUUGUAUGUCACCUUUGGAAAUGUUAUUUCUCUUGAAUUAAUACAGGUUUUGGACAGUACAGGAAAACAUACAUUAAUUAAAUCCGUUCAAAAUGUAGUUUGCUAGAAUGGUGGAUUUUUUCCCGUUUUAGCGAGAAGAGUAAGAAAAUGACUAAUUGUUGAUGUAGAUAACAUAUAGUGCUUGUUAAAGUUUUUUUUUUUUUUUUACAUACCUCAUACCUAAUCUGUUUUACACUGGUGGUUGAUGUGUGCAUGUUUUCUUAUAAAACAUUUUCUUUAUGCACUGCUCUCAAUCUAAUAGUCUCUAGACUAUCUUGAAAUGGUUCAAAGAAUUUUCAAAACAUAAACAUGCCAAAUAUAAAAUGAGCCCCAACGUGCUAUGUAUGUCCAGAUUAAUUGUUUAAUUGUAAAUGACUUCACAGGAAAAUACACAGUAUGAGCACACAUUUACUUUAAUAAUCUAUUAAAAAAAAUCUAUUUUGUAUACUGAUGUGAUUUUUCAUUUUGGAGAUCCCUUGAAUUAUUUGGAAAUGACUUUUCUGUGUGAACUUUGUGGUGUCGCUAUUUCUCAGUAUCAUAAUUGCUCCUCCAGGCCUAUAGACUCUCAGA